AACUACUCUUAUCUUCAUCUCUGUACAACUUAACUCUUCUUUCUCCCUAUUGCAGUUCCAGAGAUGUUCUGUUUCCUAAAACCAGGACAAUCCUUUUCUUUCCUUGUUAUCUUAUUUUCAUGGCUAUCAAUUGUCAAGAGCACCACGGACUCCGAUUUAAUUGGCACAUCUUGCCAAGGUGCAGAAAAUUACACUGCUGGGAACACUUUCGAGUCCAACCUCAGGGUCCUCCUUCCUUCUCUUGCGAUUAAUGGUUCAACCACAGGCUUCUACAAUGCCACCCUGGGAGAAAACCCCAACACUGUCUUCGGACUUGGACUCUGCAGAGGCGAUAUUCCAGUCGAACAAUGCCGUACUUGUCUUGAGAAGGCAAGUGAAGAGAUAAUACAAGGAUGCUCUGGUAGAAAGUCUGGGGUUAUAUGGUAUGAAGUAUGCAUGCUACGCUACUCUGAUCACAACUUUUUCUCCACCAACGACCUCCAAGACAAGAAAUUCAUGUGGAAUGAAAACAACGUAACGGACCCCAAUCGGCUUAAUCAGAUUUUGGUUAACUUGAUAACCAAUCUUUCAUCCCAAGCUGUUUCUGAUCCAUCUAAACUCCUCUUUGCCACUGGAUCGUGGCAGGGAGCGAGAAUUCUUCUAGGGAGCUGCAUUUUGAGAUAUGAACUUCAUCCAUUCUUUGAGGUAUCAACCCCAGAUAAAUCACCUGCACCACAGCCCCAAACAAAUACAACAAGAACAAGUCCCUCAACUUCAGGCGGUACAACCUGUAGAAGGUGCUCAUCGAGAUCAAGAUACCUUGUUGCUAUUCUCGUACCUACUGUAAUCGUGACUGUAGUGGCUUUCUCUGGCAUCUUCAUUUUUUUGAUGAUGAGAAGUGAGAAGAAGAAACCCAGGGUUUGGAAAGAAAUGGAAACCAUAGAAGCACUUUACUUCAAGUUAGAUACUAUAGAAGCUGCCACGGCAAAAUUCUCCAAUGCAAAUAAGCUUGGAGAAGGGGGGUUUGGCCCUGUUUAUAAGGGGAAGUUGUUGGAUGGAAAAGAAAUAGCUGUAAAACGUCUGUCUAACAACUCGAGGCAAGGGAUACAGGAAUUCAAGAAUGAGGUAGCUUUAGCUGCAAAACUACAACACAAGAACCUUGUCAGAAUACUGGGUUGUUGCAUUGAAGAAAGGGAGAGAAUCCUUGUUUAUGAAUAUGUACCAAACAAAAGCCUAGACACCUUUUUGUUUGAUUCAACCAAACGGGUACAAUUAAAUUGGUCUAAGCGUUACAAAAUCAUCAAAGGAAUUGCUAGGGGUCUUCUUUAUCUACAUGAGGAUUCUCCAUGCAGAAUCAUUCACUGUGAUUUGAAAACAAACAACAUUUUGUUAGACAGAGAUUUUUGUCCCAAAAUUGCUGAUUUUGGCAUGGCAAGGCUCUUCCAAGGAGAUUACACUCAAGGCAUUACAAGCAGAAUUGCAGGAACAUAUGGAUAUAUGGCACCAGAAUAUGCAAUGCAUGGAAACUUCUCAGUUAAAUCUGAUGUCUUUAGUUUUGGGGUUAUACUUCUGGAGAUUGUGAGUGGGCAAAGGAAUUCUAAUUUCUUUGAACUAGAACAUGGGCAAGGUCUUCUGAGCUAUAUAUGGAGGAACUGGAGAGAGGGAACAAUUCUAAAACUGAUAGAUCCAGCAAUGGUCGAAUCAUGUGAAAUGACUGAGGUGUUCAGAUGUAUUCAUAUUGGGUUAUUAUGUGUUGAAGAGGUUUUCACUGAUCGCCCAUCAAUGUCCACUGUCAAUACCAUGCUCAAUACCAACUCAAGCCUACGGACCCCUUCACCACCUGCACUGGUAUUUAGUACUACUGGAUCAAAUUAUACUUCAACAUAACAAGUUUAAUAUGACAAGGAAUAAGAUGCCAUUUUUUGUAGAUGCCACCUGUCUCCCUGUUUUGGCUUUUCUUUCCAAUGAAAAUUAAUCGAGCACUGUUCUGCUUCUGCAUCUCAAUUGGUCCCACGAACUAAAUUGUCAAGUAGAAAUGUAGAAUCUUUUUUAAAAGAAAUGCCAGAGAAAGAUU